AUGUCGUUGGAGGUCCAAACCCGAAAUGUGGAUCGGAUCUUUAUUCACAAAGAGUACAACAGACAGACCAAGCAAGCUGACAUUGCCAUGAUCCACCUGCAGGAGCCAGUCCACUUCAGCGCUUUCGUGCAGCCCGUGUGUUUGCCUCCUCUCAGUCAGGAACUGCAGGCAGGAACCAAAUGUUUCAUUGCUGGAUGGGGACGAGACAGUGAGCAGGGUUCCCUGCCUAAUGUUCUGCAGGAGGCCCAGGUUCCUUUGCUUGCUCGAGAUCAGUGUCAGCUCCAGCUCCCAGAGUACAACAUCACCUCCAGCAUGUUGUGUGCUGGAUACCCAGAGGGUGGUGUGGACACCUGUCAGGUACAUUGGGCCUAUCUGGUUCUGGGUGGAGUUACUUUGAUUAAAAUAGACAGUAGAUGCAGAACAGUCCACUGUGAUCUGGAUCUAAACCUAAACUACCUAAAUUUCAUGUGAGUUAA